AUGUCGGAAAACGCGCCACGCGUCCCGCCCAAGGGCGUCUUCGUGCCAUCGCCUACCUUCUUCAAGCCGAUUUCCGAAGGGCAAAACUCGGUUCAACCCCCCGUCGACACCGAGACACAAGUGAAGCACAGCAUCUUCCUGGCGCGGUCAGGCGUCACGGGCAUCGCCAUCCUGGGGAGCACGGGCGAGACCGUGCACCUGACGCGGGAGGAGCGCCGCGACCUGGUGUCGGCGGUGCGCAAGGGGCUCGACGGGGCCGGCUUCCCGGACUACCCGCUCAUGGCGGGCGUGCUGACCAACGGCGGGCUGGACGAGACUGUGGAGUGGCUGUCCGACUACGCCGAGGCGGGAGCCCAGUGGGGGCUGGUGCUGUGCCCGGGCUACUUUGGCGCCGCCGUGUCGCAACAGAACAUCGUCGACUGGUACACCGCCGUCGCUGGCUACAGCCCCAUCCCCAUCCUCAUCUACAACUACCCGGGCGUCACCAACAACGUCCAGGUGCUGCCCGAGACGUACCGCACGUUGGCCAAACACCCCAAGAUUGUCGGCUGCAAAAUGUCCCACGGCAAUGUCUCGCACCACGUUCAGGUGUCGCUCGACCCGGAAAUUGACCACGACAAGUUCCGCGUGUACAGUGGGUUUGGGAACCUGCUUGGGCCCAUCGUGGCGUUUGGCGCGGCCGGCGUCAUCGAUGGCAUGGCGGCAUAUUACCCAAAGACCGUGGUUCGGCUGAUGCAGCUGAUGCUGCAGGCGGAGCCGAACCCGGAGACCCGGGCCGAGAUCCGCAGGUUACAGUUUGCUGUUGGCCGGGCCGAAGAGUUCGUCAUGAGGUAUGGCAUCAUGGGUAUCAGGGAAGCCACCUCCCGGGUCGCUGGGUUUGGCAACCUGGAGGGCGGCCGGCUGCCGCUGCGCGGGAGCCUGCCCGAAGGGGUGUGGGAGCAGGCGAAGGGACUGUUCCUGCAGGAGAUAGAGGCGUUCGAGUCUUCGCUAUAG